UCUUCAUUUUAUUCUAUUGCUAAAAAAAAAUAAAAAAUGGCAGCGGCCAUAGCCUCGUCACCAUGCGCCUCUCUCGCUUUCAGACCCACGAAGCUCAUCCACUCCUCACUCUCCCAAGCUCCAAAGCUCUCAUGCCCACUCCAAUGCUUUCGCUUCCUUCACCUCACCGCCCCUUACAAGGAUCCUACAAUCACCGUUUGCCGUGGAAAGUUGGAUGGCUCGGCUGGUGAAGACCCUGAUGAGAUUGGUGGUGAAGUGUACUUCGAUGAUAAUGACUUGAUUGAGGACGAGAGCGAUGAUGAUGAGACAGAGAGCAGUAUCGAUUUGUUUAUUAGAUUCUUUCAAAGCAUGUUCAAGAAGAUCUCUAAGCGUGCCAAGAAGGCUUCUCGCUCGAUUUUGCCCUCAGUCAUAUCACCCCAAUUGGUGUCUUUCGCUGUUGACGGGGUUCUGCUUUUGGCUUCACUUUCUAUUGUCAAAGCAUUUCUUGAGGUGGUUUGCACCCUUGGUAGCACUGUCUUUGCAGUGAUCCUGCUUCUGCGUGUAAUAUGGGCAGCCAUUUCAUACUUCCAAUCAAAUGGGACCACUUUUAAUCGGGGUGGAAGUUCGUUUGGAGGCACACAGCCAGUGGCAUAGGAUUCCUAGUGGUCGGAACACUAAUGGAUCUCCUCGCCAAACGUGAUUGUUUUGGCAUGCGACAAGUGGAAUAAUUUACAUAAGAUCAUGUAUAAUUGUGAAUAGGAAGUGUAAAUUUGAGGGAGUUCUUCAAAGUCCAUUUUAAAUAAUUUGACUUGCUUGUACCUAAUAGGCUAUGGAUUUAGAUCAGAGUUGUUCUGCAGCAGUUAAUGCCACCCGACUUGUAAUCUUGCUUGGAUACAGGAAUACCUUUGAUAACUUUAAUUGCAGGAUAUUACCAGUGCAUAAUUGCUAUUUGCUAGUACUAUUAGGCAAUUGCAUUGCCUGUUAAUGGUGUCA